AUGGCUCCUAUAGGUGACAAUGUUGUGGUUUCUAAUAUGAAGCUUGAAAGGAUGCUUAGCAUGAAAGGAGGCAAUGGAGAAGCUAGCUAUGUGAACAAUUCACAGGCUCAGGGGCUACAUGCUCAAUCAAUGCUCCACCUUCUUAGAGAAACCCUCGACGGCGUCCAGCUAAACCCGGCGGCAGACAUCCCUUUUGUAGUGGCGGACUUGGGCUGUUCAUGUGGGACCAACACCAUUAACAUGAUUGACGUUAUUAUCAAGCACAUGACGAAGCGAUACGAGGCUAUGAGUUAUAACCCGCCGGAAUUCUCAGCCUUCUUCUCCGACCUCCCUUCUAAUGACUUCAACACUCUCUUUCAGCUUCUGCCUCCCUAUGGCGGCAGUAGCAUGGAAGAAUGCCUAGCUUCAGACGGCCACCGCUCUUACUUUGCUGCUGGAGUUCCGGGUUCUUUUUACAGGCGGCUCUUCCCAGCCAAAUCUGUCGAUGUUUUUUACUCUGCAUUUUCUUUGCACUGGCUCUCUCAGGUUCCUGAUAUAGUACUAGAUAAGAGAUCAGCGGCAUACAAUAAAGGAAGAAUAUUUAUCCAUGGUGCAAAUGAGUGCACUGCAAAUGCAUACAGAAAUCAAUUUCAAACUGAUUUAGCCAUGUUUCUAAGAUCAAGAUCAAUAGAAAUGAAAAGAGGUGGAUCCAUGUUCUUAGUUUGCUUGGGGAGGACUUCGGUGGACCCUACGGACCAAGGUGGGGCCGGACUUCUCUUUGGUACUCAUUUUCAGGAUGCUUGGGAUGACCUUGUUCAAGAGGGCCUAAUCACUAGCGAAAAACGUGACAACUUCAAUAUUCCAGUAUUUGCACCAAGUCUACAUGACUUCAAGGAGGUAGUCGAAGCAAAUGGCUCAUUCAUCAUCAACAAGCUUGAGGUUUUCCGAGGAGGAAGCCCUUUGGUGGUUAGCCACCCCGAUGACACAGCUGAGAUUGGCCACGCCCUAGCCAAUAGCUGUCGAAGCAUUAGCGGCGUUCUAGUUGAUGCGCACAUAGGUGGUCAACUAAGUGACGUGCUCUUCUCUCAUGUUGAAAGCCGAGCCACAAGCCAAGCUAAAGAGCUACUAGAAAAACUUCAAUUCUUUCACAUAGUGGCAUCUCUUUCUUUAGCUUAG